UAUUGAAGUCAACAUAAACAAACUCGUUAGAUUGUUGUCCGAGAUGCAAACAGCGUCUUGCUAGAAGGCUGCUUUGUGCCUCUGUCGUAUUUUGAAUCAUCCAAUCUGGGGUUAUCAGGAACCCAAGUUACUGGCGAUGGGAUUUGGGCUUUUGUGGAGUGGUGUUCCGGAGUCAAGCCUUUCAUUAGUUGUAUUGAAGUUUUUGUUGCGGGAGGUCGAACAAUAAUGUCGUCAGCAAUUACUGAGAAUGGCCACAACAAGAUAUCCAAAAAGCGGAAGAAUAAAUACCAAUCACCAUUUCGCAUCAAGAUUGGAUGUCUUGUGGCGCUCCGAUAUCAACCGAGGAAAAAUAAUCUAUCGGUGGUAGGGGGUAGUGGAAGUGGGGCCGGAAAAGUAAGUAAAUGUGAUAUCUGGGAACCAGUUGCCACAGCACGUUUCUCUGAGGUAUGGACCGAUCCCCAACGGGGCCGAGACGACGGUCUGGCGCUCAUUGGAAGCAGGAUCCGUUGUUUCUUUCCGAAGGCUGUCUUGAAGGAACCAUAUAAUGCAACAAGCCGCCUGUUAGAGGGAACAGUUGUGAAUAUGGUUCAUGACUGUGAAGAUCAUGCGCCAAUACUGAUAGAUCUACUUGUCGAUAACAAAGACAACACUACUCUAAGCGUUAGACUACCAUUUUUAAGACGACUUGAUGAUGAUGGCAAAAGCGCUGUCGGACGGGUCUUGAAGGAGUCAGAACAGCGCAAGCGACUCUACGAGGAACAGAUCAAGGGAGGGAAACACAAAGCUGUUGUGCGUGUAACACUGAGCAGUCUAGGGUCUUCUCAUACUACGAGUGUAACAAAAAAUCCUAUACAAGCAAAAUGGGUGAUUCGAAAGCGUGCUCCCACUAAAAUAAUUCGUCGCGGGAUACCUCUUCCAGUUCUUGUUAAAACACCUACAGUCGCCAACAACAAUGGCGAGAACGACAAAAUAGGACGCAAUAAGGCAGGAAACAAUGUUACUUCUAUCGAUGAGGAGAAGUAUAUCGAAAUGUCCAACUCGGGGAAGCACGGGGGCACGAAUUGUGCAAGCAAUGACAGAAAAAAUGAAAACGAGGGCAAUCCGAAGACGCCACCGCCAAUGCAUUCGUUGACAUCGAAACGAAAGAAAAUCGCCAUAGACUCUACUACCAACACUUCCUAUAACAAAGACUUUUCUGAUCCCAUGUAUCUUGGCGACGGGAACGAUUCCGCUGCACAACAGGAGGGAAACUGGAGAUGGGAAGCAGGACGAUACCACAGUCCUCAUCAGGUGAUCUUCGCUAGUCAACGACCGAUUAGCAAAGAAUUGUUGAAAUUAUUAUGCUACAAUUUUGUGGGAGAAGUGAUCAGUAUCAAACCUACGCAACCGAAAAAGAAUACCUUCAUUGGUACCUUGGCACUGGUAACGAUACGGCUUAUGGUUCUACCGGAACAUACCCGCACUGGUAGAUUGAGCCACCAUGGACCUUGGGAUCUUUUUGAAAAUAACGAUUUGGAUACAGGAUUAUCCUCACAAAAAGAGAAGAAUGACAACACAACACAACACACAAAUGUUAUCUCGCCCGAGAAGCAAGAGAAUGUGGUUGACAGCGACAUGAAUUCUGCGUCUGAUAUUGAAUCACCAUGUUUGCUUCAGGUACCAAUCGAAGAAUUAGUCAUUGUUCACCGAAAAAUUCAUCGUGAGUUUGCGUCGGAAAAGACGGUAAACAAAGGGACAAUAGACGAGCCAAGCUCAAUGAUACUUCGCUCCUCUUAUUCGUUUCUGAGUGACACGUACUAUCUUUGUGAGCUAGAAGGGGAAGGGGAAGCGGAAGAGAUGAAAUUAGAUAUGCACAGAUGCCGUCGUUGUCAACAUCAUUCAUCAGUUGGCAAACGACUCGCUGGUGUAUCUCACACGCUGUGUGAAUUGUGCUUCGAGUGUUUGAAGUCUUCCCCUGCUGCUAAAUGGGGAACAUAUAAGGAUGAAAAACAGAAGAAAUACCGUUGCGACUGUGAUUUUUGUGUUGACAGAACUAACAAUAAUUUGCUUGCUGAUCUGUCAAAUAAAAUUUCAGAGUCAGAGUCGAAACUGGAUUCAACGCUUCAGCAGUUGAAAGAAUACUCGGCUGACAGAGACUCUGGCUUUAUUGCCACGCGUUUCGUUCUCAAAAGCAUCAAUCCAGUAGACUUCAUGUUUUCUCCAUCUUUGUUAUCUACAUUUAUGAACUCAGCCUCCUCGAAACCAAUAACCAAGAUCAAAGCUAGAGUUUCCAAAGGAACGAAGAGAUUAACUCCGAAGAAGGGAGUUCGGGAUCGUGCGAGGAAAAAUAGCGCCAUGUCGCCCUUUAGCAAACAAAAAAUAAGUCAAUUUCCAACGAUGCCGGUCUCUAGAAGCGAACCUUUUCGUUCGACGUGCUCACGUCUCUUGCCGUAUGAUGUCCAGAAUCGAAAAUUCUCUGUUUCGGCGGCAGAUCUUUACGAGUGGAAAGCGUUCCGAUCGCAUACUCCUGAUUUUUCAGAGAAGCCAAGGAACCUUCGGGUUUUUCGAAAGCGUAACGGUGAGCGAAUCUUGGGAAAGAACGAUUCAUUGAAGAAAAUGCCCCAGGGAAGGGCUGCCCGAGCACAGCAACGUAGACUUUUGCGGAGUGCCGCAGCGAUGGGCGUAGAUGUUGAUACAUUGGCAGGACGAGAAUCUAAUGUGCGUUUUGAUCGGAGUAAUAUCCAUGGCUGGGGAGUUUUUACGGAUGUUGAUAUUAGAGACGGAGAAAUGAUUAUCGAAUAUCGCGGAGAGUUAAUCGGGAAUGCCAUGGCCGAGAAGCGAGAAAAGGAGUAUGAGGCUGCAAAAAUCGGAAGUGACUACAUGUUUCGCCUUGACGACUUUAUGGUUAGCGAUGCUACUAAACAAGGGAAUGUAGCCCGUUUCAUCAAUGCAAGCUGCAUGCCGAAUUGUUAUCCUAAAAUAAUAUCCCUCGAUGGAACGAAGCGAAUUGUCGUCUACGCUAAGCGUGAUAUACAGGCAGGAGAGGAGUUGACAUACGACUACAAGUUUGAUUUGGAAUAUGAUCCUGCAAAACGCAUACCCUGUAUUUGUGGUGCUCCAGAAUGUCGCGGAUUCUUAAAUUGGGAUCAACGUUAUGUGGCUAACGAUUUUCCGGAGGCUCCUGCAGGUAGCAAUCACGACAAGGCACUGGAGAGUACAAGAAAAUAAGAAACAAGUUGGAUUGUCAACAUUGUCGAAGAAAUGAUUGCAUACUAUUCUCGAUUUGUAAUCUAUCAACAGCACUCGACCAAGCAUCACUGAAGGCUUUCUCUAAAACUUCAUUUCA